GCAGUCAUAUGACUGUAGGUUAAAGCAUGAAAGGCUUCCGCUGUUGAUAUGUUGUGUCUAACAAACCCAGAUAAAGAAAUUGUCGGAUCUUCGCAAGAAAAGGGAGCACGGCUGCGGACAAACGGUCACAUUGAUCGUUCCAAUGGAUUUUAUUCGACAUCUAUGGACUGUAACUUUACUUUGCGUUGCAGUGUUUCCGUGCGCGUGUGUGAACUACACUCAGAUUGACCCGCUCAUAUAUGACGAGCAGUUGCUAUGGGUCGGUGGUGGAGCUGGUCAGGUGAACACCUAUCGGAUCCCCCUGCUAACCUUCACGCCACGUGGAAGUCUGCUGGCAAUCUCUGAAGCCAGAAAACAGUCAUCAAGUGACAUCGGGGCAAAAUUUAUUGCAAUGAGACGUUCCACAGACAAAGGAGCCACCUGGUCUCCAACCUCAUUCAUAGUGGAUGACGGCUUUCUAGCAGAUGGGCUGAACUUGGGUUCAGUUGUUGUGGAUAAGAAGACAAGUGCUGUGAUACUCAUCUACUCUCUGUGCUUCCAUCGUUACCAGUGCAGCCCCUCCAGCACCAUGAUGGUGGAGAGCCUGGAUGAUGGAUUCACGUGGAGCACACCACAAAACCUGUCCAUUGAGCUGGGGGUGAAGAGCUUUGCUCCUGGGCCUGGCUUUGGAAUACAGAAACGCUACCCUCCCAAAGUGGGGCGCUUGGUGGUCUGUGGCCAUGGAUCCAUUGCUGGUGACGGGGUCUUCUGUAUAUUGAGUGAUGAUCAUGGUAAAUCCUGGAGAUAUGGAGCUGCUUUGAAGAGCAUCCCUUACAACCAGCCUAAACAGAAUCUAGACUUCAAUCCAGAUGAGUGUCAGCCAGUGGAACUUCAGGACGGAAGCAUUGUCAUCAAUGUUCGCAACCAGAACAACUACCACUGCCACUGUCGAAUAGUAGUACGGAGUCUGGAUGGAGGCGAGUCUCUGCCCGUUGAGGAGCUGGUGUUUGACAAAACACUGGUGGAUCCCGCUGUAGCAGCUGGUGCCCUGCAGAAACAGGGAGUGCUGUACUUCACCAACCCAGCCAAUGCUCAAGAGAGAAUCAAUCUGACUCUUCGCUGGUCUUACACUGACGGGAAGUCAUGGGAGAAGGAGGCGGUUCAGAUCUGGCCGGGACCGAGUGGUUAUUCCUCUAUGACAUCGCUCGAGGGGAAUUCUCCUGAGGACAACAAAUACAUCUUUGUCAUUUACGAAAAGGGCCAUAAAGAAUGCAUUGAGACCAUCUCUUUUGUCAAAAUCCAUUUAUACGGAGGAAAAUAGCACACGGCCGUUCAUAAAAAGGGAAAUUUUGGACUUUUAAAAAUGACAUUUUAGAACACGUUUUUAGCCUGAUCCACGUUUAUUUUUACAGUUUUUUUUAAUUAAAUUAAAUAAAAGGUGGCUGGACUGUACUAUGCACAGAUUGGCUAAGGUUGAUAUAAGCGUUGACUUUUUUUUUUUUUUAAAGAAUCAAGACAUCCUGGUUCAACGUGACAUCAGUAGCACAAUGUAAUAUAAAAACAAUCAUGAUUUUACUCACUGGUGUUUUACCUGCUUUACUCUCAUGCACAUUUGCUACAAUGUAAGUAUUUUUUAAUUAAAGAUUUCCUUUGUGCGGUCAGACAGCAGCACCGGCUAUUGCACAUGGCCUUUUAAAAGCUACUCUUUUUGGUUGUUUAACAGCUCCAGAUGCUGUUUUUUGCCAAGCCUUUGCCAAAGUACAACUAUUGUAAAUCCUUGAAUGAGCACAUGUGAUUGAUUCAAGUCCAUGGUUUUGGUUCAAUUAAAUUGCUUGCAUAAACUGGACGUAUCCAUACUCUCCACCCAACAAAUCUGUAAAGUCAAAUACUACAGUGUAUGUUUGAUUAUAGGGAAUCAUGCAGAUACCAUGUUGUGUCAACAUGCAUUGUUUUUAGACAUUUAUUGCAAUACAAAAUCUACAACAGAACGUGUUUUUAUGUUAUAAAUUCACAUCAUUACAUCUGGUAUUUGCACUUUUGCACAUCUGGUAUUUGCAGUUGCAAGCUAGAUGACACAGGGACACAAUGCAUUGUUCAAUAAAAUUCUCAAUCUUUAUAAGUAAAUGGAGUUUUUUCUUGACUUUUGGGACUGGUUUAUUCUUUACAAGCAUACAGAGGUGAGAAGGUCAGGUCUGCUGUGAAAACCAUGACCUUUUCACGAUCACUCUCCUUGUGCUUUUCUUUGAUUAUAGAUUAACAGUUAAUAAUUUACAAUGUGUACCUUGCAAAAGCAGUGCUAACCCUGUUCUAAAGGU